GGGACAAAACUGCAGACUGCAGGUGAAAAUGGAUGGUGGAUGAGACAUGAGGAGUAAUAAGCUUGGAGCUGCUUUGUGCAUUCAGAGAAAUAGUGGGAAAGGGAUGCGCAGCUGACUUGUGCUUCCAUGUAACGCGACAGGUCUCCUGCGAAGUGAUGCACAUUUGGAACACUGACAUCUUGCCAGAGAGGAGCUAACACUUCCUUAUGAAACUGUUGAGUCAACCUAGUGCCAGCCAUCUCAGGACCUGGUUCACUGCAGGAAUGAUUAGCAGUUCAGUGCAAUAAGAUGGAUAUAUUUACAAAAUUGACUGGAAGUAUUGUUGCAUGUUAAGAAUAAUAGACCUCAUAUUACCUGCCAGGAGAGUGGUUAAUACUAAAUUGAGAGAUUUCUGAUGCUUCCACCGACCUACGCAGUAAGAAAUGAGUCUUGGGUCUUUGCUCCAAGCAGAUUAUAAUUUAGAUUUUUAAACAGUUGUGGAAGUGAUAAGGGGUGUGUAGAAAAGUUAUUGGCUAGGAUGAAAUUGAAUGAAUGCAAUCAAGUGAAGUUGCACAUAGGCUAUUUUCCAUUAACAUCUCCCUUUUCAAAGAGAAGCUUUCAUUAAUUCCCCUGACUUCUCCAAGUACUCAAGACUGCCUAUGCGUUUGAAAAACACGAUGAAAACCAUAGACAUCAGUAUGCAGCCCCUGUGAAGCCAGCCAGUCAAAGUAGAUGAUGAUGCACUCUUAUGUGAUUGUACAGUAUACCAGUCCCUGCCAGUUUAAUUUUACAUACUGAUAGUUGGGUGGCAAUAAAAUAUUUUAGCAAUUGCCUCGGGAGUGUUGGAGCAUUUCAAGGAAAGAACAACCAGCAGUCUAUUCCUUGCCUUACGGAUUCUGCUUUUCCUCCUGGAUUGGUGGUUGCUGAGGCAUCUCCUGAAAAGGAGAAUAAAUGCGAAAAGCAAAUGAUGGCAGAAAGCUACAUUCUAGAAAAGCAUCCCUGACAGGGGAGAUGGUGAUGUUUCUCAGAGGUGCAGAAGAAGCCCAUCCUUGGGUUUGAUUCCCAAGCCGAGAAGCCUGCGCUUUCCCCGUCAUUUGUACGAAGCCUUGUCCUGCCUUGGCAGUCUCUAUGGCCUGUGGUCUCCUAGUGCCUUGUGGCUUUUGUUGCCAGGAAUCCCAAGCUUUUCAUUGGCAGAGAAGCCCACUGAGCUGGCCCUCUUUUUAUAUAAAGCCCACCCCCCCACCCUCCAGCGCACAGACAGUCGAGGCUGUUCUGCUCAGAGUGUGCAGAUUCCCGGGGCUCUGCCGGCCCUGUUUUCAUUGGCAAACGGGAUCGGAUUUUUGAUCUCUCGAAAACAAAAGUGCUACAGUCUCUCGGCUUCGGCUGAGAGGACUCCGCUGCAGCAAUUGUUUUGCCCCCCCCCCACCCCCAGAGAUGAUUUUAACUGCUUAGCCACCGAAGUAGCAGCGGCGACAGCAGCAGCAGCAGCAAAGCCCUUGAUGGAAUGCCCUGAGACUUUGCGGAGAGAGAGGAGGGGAGCUCCCUUUUAAAUCGCUCCCGAGAAAGUUGGGCGGCAUCGUUUGAAUCGCGUUUUUUUAAAUGUAUUUAUUUUCCGUUAUCCUUCAGUGCAACAGGAAAAGGAUUCUGGAUGCCCUCCCCUGAUUCAUCAAGUCAGCUGCCUGUGGAUUAUGGGUACAACUGCCAGCACAGCUCAGCAGACGACGACGGCGACAUUUGAGAAUAUCCACGGCAGCGGAACGAUGGACGACCGCCAUUCCCUCAGCAUCCACUCCUUCCAGACGGUCGGCCUCCACAACAACAAGGCCAAAUCGAUUAUUACCAAUAAGGUGGCACCUGUAGUCAUUACCUACAAUUGCAAAGAAGAGUUUCAGAUUCAUGAUGACUUGUUGAAGGCCAGCUAUACUGUGGGGCGGAUUACAGAGUCUACUCCGGAGCAUUACCUUGUACAGGGGAAAUAUUUUAUGGUCCGUGAUGUAUACAGCAAGCUAGAUGUCCUCAACACUGCCAGCAGCUGCGGUGCUCCGAAUUUUCGGCAGGCGAAAGGGGGAUAUUCUGUGUUUGGGAUGGGCCAGCCCACCCUCAACGGAUUCAACCAGGUCCUGCAGAAACUGCAGAGCGACGGCCAUAAGGAGUGCAUCGUAUUCUGUGUCCGUGAGGAACCCGUGCUUUUUCUGCACGUGGACAACGACUUCAUGCCCUACACUCCCAGGGGAAAGGAGAACCUGCACGAAAAUCUGCACAGCCUGCACAGGGGUGUCAAAGUCGAAAACCUGGAGCUCUCUAUACGGAAAGAGAUACAUGACUUCGCCCAGCUGAAGGAGAACACAUAUUACGUCUACAACGAUAUCGAGCAUUUCAAAGAUGAGCCCCAUUCGGUGAGAAUCCGCUAUGAAGAAGACAUCCACGUGACAGAAGAAGUGUAUAAGAGGCCCGUCUUCUUGCUGCCAUCUUACAGGUACCACCGGCUGCCUUUGCCUAUGGACGGAGCCCCCUUGGAAGCACAACUCGAUGCUUUCAUCAGUUUCCUCAGGGAAAGUCCAAAUGUGCUCCUUCUCCAAGACCCCAGCAGGCCUCCUCCCGCCCUGCUCUUCAGCUGCCAAACAGGAGUCGGAAGGACCAACCUAGGCAUGGUUUUGGGCACUCUGGUGCUUUAUCACCGCAAGGGUGGGCUGCAGAAACAAGACCUUCCACAGCCCACUAAAUCUUUGCCAAGGGAUCGAUUUCGAAUUAUUCAGACCUUCAUUGACAUAGUACCGAAAGGCCAGCAGAUAGUUGAGGAGGUGGAUUCCGCCAUUUCCUUGUGUUCGGAAAUGCAUGACCUGAAGGAAGCCAUUUACGAGAAUAAGAAGAAGCUGGAAGGGAUUGGAGAAGAUUAUCGGAUUCAGGGGAACAGCACCAAAGAGUAUUUCCUUCAGAGGACGUUGCAGAGCCUUGAGCGCUACUUCUACUUGAUAGCUUUCAACUAUUACCUUCAUGAACAGUACCCCCUUGCUUUUGCCCUCGAUUUCAGCCGAUGGAUGUGCAGGCACUCUGAACUAUACAGGCUUCAGGCCAACAUGAACCUGUCGGAGCUUGUGGUCACAGGGGAGCAGAUAACUAAGGGGGCACGGGUGCUGGUGGUGAAUGAAAGGUUUUCUCCAGAUGUCCUCAGCACAGUCAAGGAGAUGAGCGUGGCCAACUUCCGGAGAGUCCCCAAGAUGCCUGUGUAUGGGAUGGCACAGCCGAAUGCCAAGGCUAUCGGGAAUGUCUUGAGCUACCUGACAGAUACGAAGAGGAAGUAUUCCCAUAUCCUGUGGGUCAAUCUUCGUGAAGAUGUGGUCCUAGAAGGGAACGAGCAAACCUACACUGUCCGGGAGGUUGGCAACCUGGAGCAGCAGAUUACAGUGCCUGCAACGUCACCUGAACAGCUGGAGAAACUCGAAUCUGCUUUGAAGAAUGACCUGCUAAAAUCCCAGAAAUGGCUCGAGGUCUAUCUGGAGCAGGAGAAGCAGAUGAAAAUGUUAAAGACAUGCCUGACCAUGCAGGAGAUCUUCAACCAGCACAAGAGCACCUGCCAGGGGUUGGUGUAUAAACGGGUUCCAAUCCCAGACUUCUGUGCUCCUAAGGAAAAGGACUUUGACCAGCUGCUGGAAGCCAUGAAGGGUGCUCUAGCCGAAGACUCCCGCACAGCCUUUGUGUUCAAUUGCCACAGUGGCAGAGGAAGAACCACCACAGCCAUGGUCAUUGCUGUCCUCACCCUCUGGCAUUUCAACGGAAUCCCUGAGAUGAUUGAAGAUGAAAUUGUGAGCGUGCCUGAUGCCAAGUACACCAAAGGAGAGUUUGAGGUGGUCAUGAAGGUAGUGCAAAUGCUGCCGGAGGGACACCGAAUGAAGAAGGAAGUAGAUAUGGCACUGGAUACCGUGAGUGAGACGAUGACACCCAUGCACUAUCACUUGAGGGAAAUCAUCAUAUGCACCUACAGACAGGGGAAAACAGCUAAGGAGGAGAAGGAGAUGCGGACAUUGCAGCUGAGGAGCCUUCAGUACUUGGAACGCUAUAUCUAUCUCAUCUUGUUCAAUGCAUACCUGCAUUUGGGGAAAAAGGACUCCUGGCAGAGGCCUUUCAGUGUUUGGAUGCGUGAGGUGGCGGCCAAGGCUGGCGUCUAUGAGAUCCUGAACCAACUGGGUUUUGCUGAAUUCGAGAAGCUGGAGGACAAGCCGCUCUCCCAGCUUCGCUACCGCUGGCAGGAGCAGAGCCAAAGUUCACUGCCGUUCCGGGGAGAGUUUGUUUAGGACCUGGCUUUUUCCAAAGCACAGUGAGGACCGCAGCACUUCUCCCCACACGGCCGCAUCACUCUCUUCUCUUUUCCAGGUGGAUUUUUUUUAAGACUUUUUUUAUAUAUCAAUAUAAUGUGGAGAAAUACAUCUUAAGGGAGGACUGUGAAUUGAAGAAGACAUUAAGCCACCUUGAAGAUGUUUUCGUAGGGUUCGUUCAGACACAAUAAAAAUAAAUUAAGAUAACUGCA